CUAGUUGUGCCAUAUUUAAGGCCAGUGUUGGUAGGCGGAAUUGUGUAAUCGAUGUUCGCCAGCCCUGGACAGCUGAUAACAACAACAAGUAAAUAAAUAAAUUGUAUAUAGGAUGAGUUUUUCCGAAAAUACUUCCGUCUUAGAAUGGAAGGAGGGCAGGGUGAAAUUGGUACGAAAGAUCAAACAAUCCGUUAAGCAGGAAAACGACAAGAAGGUUGGAGGCGCUGGCGCCGGAAAACCAAAGUAUAAUCAAAGGUUUUGCGAGAAGUGGCUAAACCUAUUCGAGCCGUGGCUGAAACGUUCCGACGAUGAUCCGAAUAAGCCCUUCUGUCGCGCCUGCCACUGCCGCCUGGACUGCAAUCGAUGUCAUCUCGUCCGGCACGAGCGAACCACGAAGCACAAGCGAAAUCUGGAGGCCCUGAUUACCAAAGGCGAGGGAGCGAUACGAAACGAGUUGACUGUGCGGCAAGAACGGAGUAAAUACUUCCAGAAGCGGCCCAUGCAAGUGCUCAAGCAGGCAUCACCAGCAAAGUCCGAUGUGAAUGAACCUGAUCCCCUGGAAGCUGUGUCUCCGGAACCUAUCGCCACCACCGUGCACGUAAUAACCACCGAAAUCGAUGCAUUACCAAGUGGUAUUGAUCACGCGAGUCACAGCAUCACGUGUCCCGUCCCCAAACAAGAAAUUCUAUCAGAGUCGGAGGCAAACAACAAGCCAAAUGUCGAAUCUCAUUCGGGAAUUCUGCAAGAGGCCAAUGCGUUGGGGAACGACUCGGCGAUGACCACAAAGCGCACCACCGGCUCUUCCGCAUCUAAUCAGGAGGGUCUCAAGCUGCUCAUGCAAAUUCAUCAGGAUAAAAACGAGCUGAUGGAGUCCUUCCGUGAACUGAUGGGGAGCAGCCAGUCGACGCACCCCCCGCCACCCAAGGAGAAAAACCACGUAGACCUGUUCUUCGAGAGCGUCAGCUCCAGUGUGAAGGCUCUGUCGCCGAAGCUCAUGGCGGAAGCCAAAAUGCGCGUCUCACAGCUCAUUUGCGAGCUGGAGCUGCGGGGCCUUAAUGAUAACAGUACAAACGGGGAUGUCAUUGAGAUGCCCCUGGAGACGCCACCAGCUAGCUUGUAUCUGCUCAGGCAGAGUAGCAGUGGAUGUGCUCUGGUGCAGCAACCACACUUUGAUGGCCUCAGCUGAAAUGUAACAGAACAAUAAAAAAUAGCUCUAAUUUUUCAUUUAAAUUUUGAAAUAUAUUUAAAUACCGAUA